UGAUCACUAUCCCAUCUGCAAUUGUAAUUAUCAUGUACAUAUUAGGAAACAUUCUUUCUGUUAUCUCACUGUAUAUUCUCUUUACACAUGCUGGUCUGCACAAUAAUUUUAGGAUGGUUGUGAUUUUGUUAAUUAGCUUUGGCAUAUUACGCUCUAUUGCCGUUUAUUUACUUGCUGCUAGCAAUUACGUGACGUAUGAAGCUUCACGCGAAGAUCUCAAAAGCAACUUGGUGGCAGCAUUUGUCUAUGCAAUCUGCGGCUUCGCCAUAUCAAGCUUAUUUCUGAGUAUAGAACGCUGUAUAGCAGUAUAUAAACCAAAGAAUUAUGAAAGAAAUUCAACUGCGGCUGUUCUGCCUUGCAUCACACUCAUUACAACGCUGACUCUGACAGCUGUGUUGGGAUUCUGGGCAAAUAAAAAUGGCGAAAAUCAAAUACCAUUGAUUACAGUAACCACAGCAGCAGGAUUCAUUAGUUUAAUUGUGGCAAUAACCGUUUGGAUACGAUCCAAACACCUUUGGAAAAACCGAGAUGCAUCUCUUGGUCAAAGAUUUCAAAUCGCGGAAACAAAUCGUACUUCACCCAUUUAUCUGUCGAUAUCUGUCAAUGAAUCGAUCUGUAUCAGUGCCAUGUCAGUGAUGGGAUUGCUGAUGGUACAAAAAGAGAACACUGAAACGAUGGGCACCAGCUACUUUCUAGUGCAUUUGUUAGACGCAUGUGGUGCUUGGAGGAUCAUUCUUAUAAAUUUUACACUCAUCUACUACAGUUACCUGGCCAAGAGGAGUCGACAAGCCGUCUUAGCACAUGUGACGAGAAGUGCUCAAGAUACGACAGUGGAUCAUUUUGCGGGUCUGAGAGACAUGUGGAAAUAA